CGAAAACGUAUUAUGACCUAAACCAAUUAAAAUUAAUGACUAAAAAUAAAAAGUCUUUUUUUAAUUAAUUUAAAUUUAAUUUAUGAUUUAAAAACAUCUUUAUAUACAAAAAAAAUAUGGUCAUACUCACUUACAUUAAAUUAAAUUUAAAAAAAAAAAACAGGCUUAAUAAACAUUUUUUUUAGUAGACAAAUAGUUUUACAAAACUUAAUUUUGUUUAGAAUUAGUAAAUAAGUUUAAUUAUAAAAUACGUACCUUGAAUUUUAUUUAAAUAUAGAUUUUAUUUUAAUUUUAUUCAGUCCUUUCAAAACAUUCACAGGUUAAACUUUAAAAUGGAUUUAUCAUUUAAGCACCCAUUCUGUGCCCUUGUAAGUGGUCCCACAUCUUGCGGGAAGACGGUAUUUACUUUAAAUUUUAUACAAAAUAUUAAAGAAAUGUGCAAUGUUACAUUUAAAAAUAUAAUAUGGUAUUACGAUGAAUGGCAACCUAGUUAUGAUAACAAUAAAUUAAAUAUUAAAUAUACGCAAGGCCUACCAAACAUGAGGGAUUUUACUGGGUCCGAUCCAUCUUUAAUUAUAAUAGAUGAUCUAAUGAAAGAAGCGGGUGGUGCAAUUGUGGAUAUAUUUACAAAGGGGAGUCAUCAUAGAAAUUUAAGCGUAUUUUACAUAACACAAAAUCUUUUUCAUCAAGGAAAAGGCCAGAGAGAUAUUUCAUUAAAUGCCCACUAUAUUAUUUAUUUUAAAAACCCAAGAGAUAAAGCGCAAAUUUCACAUCUAGCAAGACAAGUGUGCCCUGAAAAUUCAAGAUUUAUUCAAGAAGCAUAUUAUGAUUCAACAAGUAGACCGCAUGGGUACCUAGUGUUGGAUUUAAAACAAAACACGCCUGAAUCGCUUAGAAUUAGAACAAAUAUAUUACCCGGAGAAUAUCCUACAAUAGUGUAUGUUCCAAGGAAGGGUAAUAAACAUGACUCACUUACUGAAUAUAGUAUUAAUUCAGUAUAGUUAUAUGCCCCAUCUGUAAACAAGUCUAAACCUGUUAGAAAUAUUUUAAUAUAAAAAAGAGCAGCUUAUAAACUAAAAAACCAGUCGUGUUAAAGUCUUAGCUUAAUAAUGAAUAUUGAUUUUACCAAAAUAUUUGAUAAAUGGUCCCCAGUGUUUUGUAAUACACAAAGGUUUAAAAAGAAUUGUAAAACAAACAAGAAAAUUAAACCAAGUAGUGCUGAAGUAGACGAUGAGUACAUUAAUGUUCAAAAACGCUUAGAAUAUUUAAAAAAUAUGGCUAAUAAGGUUGAUAAAUCUUUAAAUAGAUUUCCAACAAGAUACGAAAUACUACACGAUUUUAGAAAGAGGGAGAAUAUUCAAGAUUUGCUUGAAUAUAAGCAAAAUUUGGACAAAUAUCGCAACUUGAAUAACGAAACUAAUAUUUAUGGAAAACAUUAUAAAACAUGUCCAUGGUCAAGUGAUGCUGAAGAUGGCCCCGAUACAUGCAGUUGUCAUAGUUUUUAGACUAUAUC